AGAGAGCUGAGCAUGCGUGAAAAGCCUGACCAUAUCUGCUGGCCAGAUCAUCAUGAAGAAGAGUGGGGAAGCACCAUGAAGGGCCGGAGGCUGUCUGCGGAGGCGUCGGGAGAGGACACCGGCGAGUUUUGGUCUGUGGAUGAAUACAGGGCCAUCAACUGGCUUGCUGGAGAAGUUGAAGGUCUCGAGUUGCUACAUUUGCUGCUCAUUUAUUCUGAGCAAAGAACAUGGAAGAACAAGAAAGUAUUACCAAUCCAUUGUUAA